CAUGGAGGUGCCACCAUGGAGGUGCCAGUGCCACCCCGCGGGUGCCAGCGCGCUGUGCCGUGUCCGCAGGCGCUGGACCUGCAGCGGCCCAUCGACAAGCGCGUGUACAAGGGCACGCAGCCCACGUGCCACGACUUCAACCAGUUCACGGCGGGCGCCGAGACGCUGCCGCUGCUCGUGGGCUUCUCGGCCGGCCAGGUGCAGUACCUGGACCUGGCCAAGAAGGACAGCGCCGGGCGGCUCUUCAACGAGGAGGUGAGGGGCCACCGGGGCCACCAGGAGCCCUUGGGAUCACCCAUGGGACCACCAGGAACCCUUGGGAGCCCUCUGGGACCAGCCCGACCUCCCCAGGGCCACCGGGAACCCUUUGGGACCUGCAGGACCUCCCCGGGGCCACCAGGAACCCUCGGGAGCCCCAUGAGCUCGCUGUCCCGCUCCAACAGCCUCCCGCAGCCCGGCGGGGGUCCCCAGGUCUCGCCGCGGGUCCCCCCGGUGCUGAGCGUGGGGCGCUUCGCCACGCUGACCCUGCGGGACCCCCGCGGCGCCCCCGAGAAGGAGCACAAACGUUACCACAGCCUGGGCAACAUCAGCCGGGGAGGGGGCAACGCCGAGAAACCCCCCCCCGGCGGCGGCCCGGGGGGCUCGCGGGGGUCUCUGGACAUGGCCAAGGUGCUGGGCACGGCGCUGUGCCCGCGGCUGCACGAGGUGCCGCUGCUGGAGCCGCUGGUGUGCAAGAAAAUCGCCCAGGAGAGGCUGACGGUGCUGCUGUUCCUGGAGGAUUGCAUCGUGACGGCCUGCCAGGAGGGGCUCAUCUGCACCUGGGCACGGCCCGGGGUCUCUGGCCUGUCCUCGCAGAACGGCGGCUCCCCGAGUGGCACCGUGGUGUAGCUGUCACCUGUGUCACCCGCCGUGUCACCCGCCAGGACACACCCGUGUCACCCGCCGUGUCACCCGCCAGGACACACCCGUGUCACCCGUGUCACCUGACGUGUCACCCGCCAGGACACACCCGUGUCACCUCCCGGGUCACCGUGUCGCUCGUGUCACCCGUCGGGACACACCCGUGUCACCCGCCGGGGUCCCCCGUGUCACCCGCA